UAUAUAUAUAUAUAUAUAUAUAUAUAUAGAUAUUCUAUAUAGGCCUGUUACUCUCACGACUACCACUCUCUUUAAUUUCAAUAAGUAUUGUAAUGCAACAUUAAAUUCUAACUUCUUCUUCUAUAUAAUAUUCACUUAAAGACUUACCAGAGGCAAUUUUUUUCAAAGUAUUUUAAGUGGUAAAAUUUGGGAGAGUUUGGAAUAUAUAGAACGAUAAUUUGUUUUAUAUAUUUUAAUAUAAUAUAUUCUAUUUAUCAUUAUCCAUUAAGGAUAAAUAGAGAUAAUAAUUAUUAGGUAAAAAUUAUUAUUGUUGUUUAAAUUAACGCUUUGAAUAGAUGCUUUUUUCUUUGUUUAUUAAGUUAAAGAGUGUUUCUGCUUUAAAAAAAGAAAAACAAAAUUGAAAAAUUUAUCCUCCUAUGCCUUUCUAUUUUUUUAUUUUCAUUCUCUCUCUCUUUUUUUUUAAUCCGCAAUUAAUUCAAUUACUAAUCUAUAUACUAAUAUAUGUAUAUGUAUAUUCAUUUAUUCAUAUAUUUCGUUUUUCUAUAAUCUUAGAUGCCUUUUCAAGUUCGUAGUUCGAAGUUCCGCCACGUUUACGGUAGAACAUUUAAACGUGAACAGUGCUACGAUAAUCUUAAAAUUACUAAGUUAUCUCACGAUGGGACUUUUUGUGGUGUCAAUCCCUUAUUUUUGGCUGUUGUUAGUGAUUCAAUUGGAGGAGGAUCUUUUACAGUUUUGCCAUUGGAAAAAUGCGGUAGAAUUGAUUUAACUCACAAGGUGUGCGGUCAUAAAGCUCCUGUUUUGGACUUGAAAUGGAAUAGAUACGACGAUCACGUGAUAGCUUCCUGUUCUGAAGACUGUACAAUCAAAAUAUGGCAAAUCCCAACAGGAGGCUUGAGGUCAAAUCUAACGGAUUACGUGGCUAAUUUAAAAGGACACACCCGUAAAGUAGCCUAUAUUGAAUGGCAUCCAUCUGCAGCCGAAAUCAUACUUUCGGCUUCCUACGAUAAAUCCUGCAUUAUAUGGAAUGUUUCCACAUCCGAAAAAUUAACAGUAAUCGAUGAAUUGCAUACGGCACCUAUUUUGUCGAUUUCCUGGAAUCUGGAUGGUUCAUCUUUUGCGACAACAUGUAAAGAUAGGAUAAUAAGAAUAAUAGAUUCGAGGAGUGGAGAACUUAUCCAAAGUAGUAGUCCUGGAACGGUUCAUAGUGGAUCAAAACCUUCAAAGUGCUCGUUUUUAGGAACUUCAAGAAUUUUUACUAUUGGAUUUAAUAAACACCACGAUCGUCAGGUGGCACUUUGGGACGCUAACGAUCUCUCGAAACCACUUAAAGUAGAGGAUAUGGAUUGUAAUAACGGAGUUUGCUUUCCGGUAUACGAUCAUGAUAUCAAAGUUGUCUAUUGUUGCGGUAAAGGUGACAGUAGUAUAAAAUUUUAUGAAAUUUUAGAGGAUGCACCAUAUUUGUUUUAUUUAAAUCAAUGCCAGUUUUCAACUUCUCAAUGCGGAUUUGGUUUUAUGCCGAAACGAGGAGUAUUUACUUCAAAGUGCGAAAUUGCUCGUUUCUAUAGGUUAUUAUCUGCGAAACCAGUCUGCGAGCCUGUUUCUUUUAUUGUUCCUAGAAAAGCUGAAAUAUUUCAAAAUGAUAUAUAUCCGCCCACUGCCGCGCCAUACCCUUCUAUUACAGCAGAGGAAUGGAUAUCAGGUUUAAAUAGAGAUCCGAAAUUAAUUAAUUUAAAGGAUCCCAAUUCAACGAAAAAUACUUUUGAAUUAGAAUUCAUUCAAGAGGCCGUUCUAUCACCAAAAUCAAUUGAUGAAAAUUAUCAAACGAACUAUUCUGACGAGUAUAGAAUUACUGAAAAUAGUCAAAUUGACGUUAAUAGAAAUGUGGAGAAAAAGCCUAUUUUAACCUAUCGUUCUACUAACAGUCAAAGUGAUAUUAAUAUAGUACCAAAGCCUAGUUUUUCUGCAAGUUUACCUUCCGAAUCGCAGGUUAAACCCAAGAGAUCCUCGAGCAUUAUUUCGUCGAAUAGUGAUUAUACAACGCCACCUAGUAGCCCCCCUCCUCUUCCUGCAGUUGAUAUGAGUUUAAAUGCUAUAUUUGAAAAUCAGAAUAUUACUUGUAAUAGUUCAAUCGAUUUUGAUAAAUAUCAAUCUAUAUCGAUGUUAAACGAAAGCGAAUUAGAUAGGCUUGUUGAGGUUAACGAUAAAACUCUAACGGAUGAUGUAUCAAUAUCUGAAUCUAGUACAAAUAAUAAUGACUGUCAAAAACAGAAAAUUAAAACUGAGAAUCUCGAUCGGACUUUUACUGAAUCGCCACCUUCUACUAAUGGAGAGACUAGUAAAAGAGAUUAUAAACACGACGAAAAUAGUAAAAAAUCACCAGACGAUAAGGAUAAUUAUUAUUCGACAUUCGAUAAAAAUUGGAAAGGUUCCGGCUAUUUAAACGAAACGGAAACGCCUUUAAAUAAAUCUAAUGAAAAAAAUAGAAAAUCUAAGGAAUCUUUACCAGAAGAAGUACCAACAAAAGAAAGUAGCGAUUUUAUACAAUCUUUCGAAAUGGACGAACCAGCUCCAGAUCAUAGUUUAAUUACACCAUCAAAAUUAAGAGAAAGUUUGAGAAGGAAACGACGGGGACGACCGUCUUGCCCAUUUCCAGAAUCCUUUAAAAAGAAUGAAUUGGAUGUUGAUAAACCAAAACCGAGAUUAUUGCCUCUUACUCCUAUAUUGGGUAAAGAUAGAGAGAAUACACCAACAAGAGCAAGAAGAUCGUACAGCGACGUAUUCUUACAACAAACAAAAGUUGUUUGUAAAACAGCGGUUGUACCGACUAUUAUCACACCAAACGACAAUAAUGGAGAAUCGAUGGAGGAUUAUGAAACACUUAAAACCGCUUACAAUAAACAAACAACGGAAGUUGAACGUUUAAGAAGGGAAAUUUCAGUAAAAGACGAAAAAAUACGGCAAUUAGAGGAGGAAGUCUCCCAACUGCGUGCAAUUAAUUAAUAUUAGAAUCAUCAGUAUUUUAUUUUUUACUUUAAAAAGAAAAAAAAGUAUAUUGUCAUAUAUUGGUAUUAUUUUUUUUUCUUUCAUUAUUUUUAAUUCCUGGGAAGACUAAAACGAAAAUUAAAUUAUAAAAAUAUUAAUAUUUUUAUCACUUUUUACAU